CCGCCCUCGUGGCCCUGCGCGCUGACGUCACGGUCUGAGUGCCCUUCAAGCUGCCCAGUAGCCACCUGCCCGCACUAAUCAUGGCGUCUGUCAGCAGGCAGCUCCUGGCCCGUUACAUGUCCUCCAGCGCCGCCCCGGCCAAGAAGCUGGCCAUCAAGCAUGUGACGGUGAUCGGCGGGGGGCUGAUGGGCUCCGGGAUCGCUCAGGUGAGAACCUGUGAUACGGGGACUGUCACUGCCAGCCUCAGCCUGGGCUACACCCCCCUCUCCCCCAUCAUCCUCAGCCUGGGCUACACACACACACCCAUCAUCCUCAGCCUGGGCUAUACACACCCACACAUCAUCCUCAGCCUGGGCUACACACUGCAUCAUGAUCACCUCUGACCAGCCAUUAUGGACUUCGAUCCCUGCGCCGAGUCCACUUUGUUGUCACUGGCAAUGCAUAGUAACAGUGUGCGCAAUAUGGAUCCAGGGCUGCUUAUAGACAGACUGACACCAUGGCCAGUACUGUUUUUAUAUAGACAGACAGACGCCAGGGCUGCUUAUAGACAGACAGACAGACACCGUGGCUGCUUAUACUGUAAAAGACAAUCAGGCCAACUGGGUCCUAAAUGAUGAAGCAUUAUAGGGUUUAUUAUAGUAAUUAAAAACUGAAUAGUAAAAUUCUUGUUAAUUUUUUCAAGAUCGGCAUUUAUUUAUUUAUUUGUUUCAGCCUAAAUGUUUUAGUUAUGGGGUUCCAAAUUGUAACAAAUGGAAGUACAAGUAGCACAUUUUUGUGCAGAAUACCUGAUUUGUAGACAUUUUACAUAGUUACAGCUGGGCUAUUUUUGCUAAAACUUUGCAUUUCAUAUUUUAACUUACUGAAGUUCAGAGUAUAGUGGAAUACCCUGCCUCUUUUAUUUUACAAAUAUGCAAGAAAGGAGAAUACGUUAAAAAAAUGUUUUUGCUUAAAUACUGUUGUUUGCUUAAUACUGUUAGCAAUUACAUUUUGGUUAGCUUCCACAUUCUGCUUCUGGCUAAUGAUUAUGUUGGUAGUGCUUAAACUCAUAUAGGUUGUCAAUGAUCUACAGCAAAAGGGUGCCUGACUAUGCAUAUGGAUCAUUCAGACAUUGGCCACACUGUUAAAAGGGACACUAUAUAUUCACCAAAACUACUGCUUAAACUUUAACCUUAAAGGACCACUAUAGGUAUCCAGACCACUUCAGCUCAAUGAAGUGGUCUGGAUGCCAGGUCCCUCUAGUUUUAACCUUGCAGCUGAAAACAUAGCAGUUUCAGAGAAACACUGAGAGAAACUGCUAUGUUUACCUAUGGGUUAAUCCAGCCUCUACUGGCUGUCUCAUUGACAGCCGCUAGAGGCGCUUCCACGCUUCUCACUGUGAUUUUCACAGUGAGAAGACGCCAGCAUCCAUGGAAAGCAUUGAGCAUUCCUGUGGACUGGCUGCGCGUGCGGGGGAGGGGGGGGUGUUAUUUUCCUGGCACUAUAGUGCUCCUUUAAUUGUUCUACUGCUUGGUGUGUACUGUCUGUCACUGCAGGUUUUUCCACUGUAAGCGCUUCCAAGAAAAGGCAGUGUUUACAUUACUAAUUAGGAACACCUCUAGUGGCAGACACACUCAGAUGGCCACUAAAGGUGCUUGUUGGAUCAGUGCUGCACAAUGUGCAACACUGACAUUCAGCAUCUCCAUGCUCUGAACGUUCCCCAUAGAGAUGCAUUGAUUCAUUACAUCUCUGAGGAAAUGUUGAUUGGGGCAGAGCAGUGUUUUGCAUAACCGUGCAAUGCUUUACUAUGGAAAAGCAUUGGAUUGGCUGAGAUUUAGUUUGAUUUUAGCCAAGGAGGCAGAGCUGUUGUGGAGCCAGCCUCGACGAGUCCUGUGCUGGAAAACACGUGAGUCUCUAGAAUGUAAGCUCCCUGAGCAGGGCCCUCCACCUCUCUGUUCCUGUACGUCCAAUUGUCUGGUUAAAAUUACAUGUCUGUUAGUCCACCCAUUGUACAGCGCUACGGAAUGUGAUGGCGCUAUAUAAGUAAUAUAAUAAUAAAACACCCUUUUUAACUGGGAACAAGAGGGGCCAGGCGGAAAUACAUGCCCAGAUUUUGCAGUACAUGCUCGGUGAGCCUGAAUUUAGUCUGAAUUUCAGAUAGGCCAAAUACUGAAACAUUGUACUUGUUGUUCCAGCCCAUAUGCUUAAAAUCCUAGCCUGGAUUUUUAAAAAUCUGCAGAUGAUUACACCUAUAGAAAUAAUACAAAUUAAAGGCAAAUAGCCAAAAAGGAAAAAAAUAUUCAAGUCUGCUGUGCUUUAAAUUAGAAAUUCACUUUGAAAUCCUGACAGUUCUCAUGUUAGUGAAUAAACCUGACUCCUCAGUGUAGUGUUUGUCUCCAAGCUACUAGACUGGAAAAACAAGUAAAAAUUUUCAAUAUUUCUGAUACAGGCCAAUUCCUUCCCUUGUCUGUUAAUCAGUGAAGAUUUGUCAGUUGCUAUAAUGCCCAAUAUUUAGCAAGUGUAGCAUGUCUUAGCAUUGCAAUGUUUUUUGUUUUUUUUCAUAUCUGGUCACAUUGUUGUAAUGGAUUAUAGCAAAUGCUAUUCGUUGCCAAGGUUAACCAUCACUGAUGGCUGUUUUGGUUUAGACCACUUUCCACUAAGCUCUGGUAAUAGCAGAUUGUGAUAGCUAGCAGGUUUGGCCUCCAAUCAAGACCCACUGUGUUCUUGUAAACUUGAAUAACAGCCUGCAUCUAAAAUUAGUUCCCUAACAAGUAUUUUUUGCUGGCGUUGCUAUGAUUUUCCAAGUAUCAUCUACUUAUCCAAUGAAACAGUUUAUUUGACUAAGACCUAUUCUACAAAACACAUGCCAGUGUUCAGUGUGUGAGCAUGACAAUUAACCCCAGUAAGUAUGUUAAUCUCAACAAGGAUAUAAUGUUAGCAUUUCUUGUUUCUCUUUAUGUAUGCAUUGUUAAUGCUUCUACUGUCGUAUAUUCUCAUUGAAAAGAAAAGUUUGUUUUUUUUGUUUUGUUUUUUAAUGUUUGUAAAAAAUUAAUUCUUCAAGAUUGCUCUAUAACAUUGUAAAUUGGACUAGAAUAAGGAUUGGCUUAAGUUGUGGAAGGAGUGCCAUACAGUUAACCUCUUACCUACAUUUGUUGACCGUGCUUUAUGUGAUACUUUGCCCUUGAGUUUCAGGAGCCAGGCAUCAGAAGAGAGGGAAAAAAAAAUUUUUUUUUUUUUUUUUUUUUUGGACAGUUGCAUAAUAAUCAUGUGAGAAUGUUAGAAAAGUUAUGGUUUGCUUGUUUUUUUUUUCCCUUUUAUUUAUUUUCCUUUUAUUUUUUCAAUGUCUUAGCUCAUUCAAAUAAAACCCAUGACUUUGAUCAAUGUAGCUGGUCAUAAGUCCAGGCCAGCAAUACAUAUUCACAUAAUUUCCAAUGUAUAUUUAGUUGCAACCCUUUAACCACAUCAUUUAUUCAUAUUUAAUGUGAAUUACCUAAUGUAUCAGCACAAAACAUUUUUCUGGUGCACUCUUUACAACUUGCUUUUAUUAGAGCCAAUAACGGCAGUGUCACAAUGUAAAUGCUUUGAUGUACCACAACUACAUGAAGUGAACUUGGUAUUUCAUUAAAUGCAGAUGAGUAGAGCAUGCUGCAUUGGAGCUUAUUAUAUAUAUUCUAAUAUUAACUCCCAUUUUAUGUGCGCAGGGUUAUUACUAAAACGAGAAAUCAAAGUUAGCGCUUCUUAUAUAUCAGAAAUUUUAUUUUCCAAGUUCUGCGUGGCAAUUUAACCUUGAAUAUUAUCAUUUUAGCUUUUACUGCAAUAAAAUAUACAUAUUUUGUGUUGAGCGAUGUCUCACAAGUACAAUAGUACCCCAAUGUACAGGUUUUAUGGUGUUUUGGAAAGUUACAGGUUCAAAUAUAGGGCUUUCUCAUUUUCAAUUUUAUACACAUUGAAAUUUGCCAGAUUAGUUUGCUGGGCUUAAGUUGCCCUUAAGAUGGUAGGCAGUGGUGUAUCCUGGUUUUGUGCUGCCCUAGGCAGGAAGAGUAAGAGCUCCCUCGCCAGCCGCCAGCCAGCCCGCCCAGCAUGUCAGUUAGCCGCAAGGCUAACUAGGCAUUUGCCCUGGGCAUUUGGGGGCGGCGUUUUUUGCCGCCCCCUGAAAAAUGCCGCCCAAGGCAAAUGCCUUGUUUGCCUCGCGGCUAAUACGUCCCUGAUGGUAGGGCAGCCCAGGAAUAAAAAUCACCCCCAUCGUGGCAUACCAUUUGCCAAACUUAGUGUUUAGAUUAGUUUUUUGCAUUAUCAGACACAAACUGCCCUUUCACCUAUGAUAUCAUCAUCCUACAUUUUAUUGCACUAAAACACUCAUUUGUGUUAAGCAGUGUCUUGAGAGUACAGCAUUGAGAUCAAUGGAGGAUCCCAUACGACUGUGGGAUCCUCCAUAGACACAGCCAAUUCCCUGCAGCCGUCACUGAUGACAGCUGUGGAGAUUGACACUUAGACUCUGCCCUGAGUCUAAGAAAGUGAGGAGGAGAAAUAGACAAAGGAGUCCCUUUUGACACGGUUGGAAUUUCAGUGACAUUGUUUAUAAACUGAAUGUCAGUGAAACCCCAGCACAGUCAAAAUGAGUAUAUUAUGAAGAUUCUAUCCUUGUGAGAUAUGCAUCUUUUGGGGGGUGAGGGAGAGGGGGUUGGCACUGCUGCUUUAAUCUAAAAAAAUUUAAGGUAAAAACUCCUCUUAAAUCCAGUUCCGGGCCAAGUUCUCCAAGAAACAAUCCGUGCUUUCACCAACAUCCAUGCUCCUCCAGUCUCUGCUUGACGUCCAAUCAAAAGUAUAGUUGGAUCUUGAUAAACGCAGCACUGUUAGUGCAAUGUGCGAAUUCAUGAGUUGUUGGAUGAUCUUUGUGACAGCUCGUCUUUCUGCUAAAGCCAAACCGUGUCACAAUGUGCUCAAAUUUAACCAGUGAAGGUGGGAGGGGUGGACAUCAGAGAAGGUAAACUAAAGGACACUACAAUAUAAUUUAGGAAGGUGGAGAGGGCCAGGAGGCCUGUUGUAAUGGAGAUGUUAAACUGACCUGAGGCUCAGGGACCUCUGCCUCACUUCUUCCUUCCUCUCAGCGCUGCUGUAUAAGGAAGGUUUAGUUAGCUGGUGGUAGGCUGACAGCGUCCGCCUAUUAAUGGGCACUAAUUGAAAGAAAUCAUAUUUACUAUUCAUAUACUUUAUUGUACUGCUGUGUUUGGCCUUUUAAGUGCCCUCCAUUUUUAAAUUAAUUUGGCAAAGUUAAUGAUUGGAAAAUGAAAAUUCAAUUAGGUUUGCUAUGGUCUGUGCUCAGUCUGCUCUGGCCAGGAUGGCCCUGCAAAAAUCUAAUUUGUGUAAUGACAAAAAAGGAGCCAUCGCAGACCAGGAUCUCCUUUAAUAAUGUUUUGUGUAAAAAAACAAUCAAUAUUUUUCUUUAUAAAGUAUCUGAUUUAAUCCUAUAAUUUCUGUGGGAGGCGGUGAUGAAAGCAUUGCCUAUUUCAUAAAAUAUUUGCUUGUGCACACAUUCUUGCAUUAUGGCUUAUUUCUUUUUCAUUUGGUUGUAUGCGUUGUUUGUAACAUUGUAUUUUUUUUAUUUUUAUUCCCCCCCCCCUUUAUUUUAGGUGGCUGCAGCUACUGGCCACACAGUUGUAUUAGUUGACCAGACUGAAGACAUCCUUAAAAAAUCCAGAAAAAGCAUAGAGGACAGCUUGAAGAGGGUUACCAAGAAGAUGUUUGCUGAGAGGCCUGAGGUAACAGGAUGAUAUUUUACUUCCAUACAUGAAAACCUAUAGGUGAAUUAUAGAAAAUUAGUUUCACAUGAGGUUCUUUGGUGUUUUGUAAUUAUUUUGCUGGGAAGUUGAAAAUGUUUGCAUUUAGAAAAAUAAUAAAAUAAAAUAAAAAUGAAAGGUGUUUUGUUGGCAACAUGUAAUUAUCUCACUUCUGUUGUGUCACAGGUUAGAGCACAGGUGCCCAAAAGGUAGAUCCCCAGGUGUUGUAGGACUACAACUCCCAUGAUGUUUUGAAUACAUUUAGAAUGACCACGCAUAAUGGAAGCUGUAGUUUUUAAAUAUCUGUGGAUCUUACUUAUUGGGCACCUCUAUUAGAUUAUGUACUAAAGUGUGAACUUUUCAAAUAGACGCCCACCUAAAGUGGUGUAGAUUUCUACAUUUAAUUUUCACAGUUCACAAAUACAUAUUUUGUUAAAUAGAGAUGACAAAGCGCAGUUAAAAUAAAAAGUGCCUGGGAAAUGACCGCUCCCCUUGAAAGAGUCAGGUAAGACUUGAAGGAACAGCCCAAGCACCUUAACCAUUACUGCUCACUGUUGUGUUUAUGGUGCAAGACGUGCCUGGAGCCCCCCCCAUAUUGUAAGUAGUCACAUUCUUAUCAUAAUGGUUUGACUUUUUAUCUGGGAUCCGCCUGUUGCAAAGCUCUCCGCCUCCAGUAAUAACUAUAGAGAGCCGGGAAUCUUCUAAGCAGGAAAGUUUGUUAGCUGUCCUGAGCUAAACCUGCACUGCCAGACUUGGCUCAGAAUGAGAGCUCCUGGCUUUUCAUAGGAAAUAGUGGAAAUGGGAAGUGGUACCCAGCAGACCCCAGGUAAGAUGUUUAAACAAUUCUAAAACUGACUCCUUACAUGGGUGGUGUCACCCCGGUGCUGACACAAUUACUAUUACAGCAUACUGUAGUGUUUAUGGUGGUUGGAGUAUACUUUUCAUAUUGAAUGUGAUCCACAGUGAACACUGUUACACCAAUACUUUGUAUCAGAAUAAAAAUUGUUUAAAGGGACACUACAGACACCAAAACAAAUUUAAUUUAAUGAAGCAGUAUUAGUGUAUAGCUCAUGCCCUUGCUGUCUCACAGCUCAAGUCUCUGCCAUUUAGGAGUUAAGUGAAAGCUCUAAUUUAAAAUGAACCUGAAAGAUUAAAGGAACACUCCAAGCUCCCAAUGUAAGAAGUCAUAUUAAUGUGCCGUUCCACACCUCCUCUCUUCAUUGAGCUCGGUUCAGCAAUGCAGGUCUUGGCUUAUUGGCUGAGAGUGAUCAUCUAGCAUUGUCUGCCAAUGAGCUAGCCUAGCCCUCCAGAGCUAACAGAAGCUCCUGAGCAGGAACUGCUGGCUUACUUUGUGGCAGAGAGGAAGUUUAGAACAGCGGGCCAUAGGUAAAAAGUCAAACUGUUACUAAAUGGUGGGGUAGUUGGUAGUGACCACUAUAGCCUUCUGUAGUGGUUGAGUUGCUUGGAGUGUUUCUUUAGACUUAAGUCCUUUUUUUUUUAAAUUUAUUUUUUAAACAUGUUUUCAUCCUUCAAUUUGCAGGUUGCGUCUCAGUUCAUUGAAAAAACAAUGUCAAACCUUUCAACCAGCACAGAUGCUGCAGCUGUAGUGCACAGCACUGAUCUCGUGGUGGAAGCGAUUGUUGAAAAUCUGGCUGUGAAACAUGAGCUCUUCAUGACACUGGAUAAAUUUGCACCUGAGUAUGUUCUUUUUGCUGAAUAUUGAUGGAAAUAUGGACAUUAUUGAUUGUUUUUAAAAACAUUGGUAUUCAUAGUUUAUUCCAUGAUCAGUUGAACCACAUAAUUAUAUUAUUCUUAUUAUGAUUCCCCCUAUAUUUAACAAUAAACAUUGAUUCUCAUGAGAAAACAGACGCUAAGGAUACUGGUCAGUGUUCCAGUUGUGGGUCUAAGUUUUAAUUUGAAAUGAAUAUUAACCCCAGUAAAGGCACAUUUAUUCAUAACCAGUUUGAUAGGGUUUUUGGAAAGCAAAAUAUGCCCUGUCUUCUGACCAUACAGCCUGGAGAUUCUUAAAUAUCAGAUAAAGCAGUCCAGCAACAGUGAAUUCAACAACAUUGUUUUAUAAGGACAACUCCUGAACAGUUUCUUCGUGACUGGAAUCUUUGUCAUUGAGCAUAUAAUACAUUUGUCCCUCUUCUACAUAAUGUUUUAAUUGCCUUAACUUAAAUGAACACUUUAGAAAUACAGAAUACAAACCUGUGUUCCUGCCCCUAUAGUGUUAAAAAAACCAUCUAGCACCUUUGCCCCCCCCCCCCUAAUAUAGUAAAAUCUUACUUUUAUUCCAGAGUGCUGCUGUUAGCUCUACACUUGAUCUGCAUGCUUGGCUGACCUAAUCAGAAGUAGUGAUCUGAGCUAAUCACAAUGCUUUCACAUAGGAAAGCAUUGGAUUGGUUGAGCUUGUCAAGGUGGCAGAGCCAGCACAAGCCAAACACAGCCCUGGUUAAUCAGCAUCUCCUCAUAGAAAUGAAUUGAAUCAAUACAUCUCUAUGAGAAAAGUUCAGUGUCUGCAUGCAGAGGGUGGAGACAUUGAAUGUUAGUGCUGCACUGCCCCCAGGUACCACCUCUGGUAGCCAUCUGAGCAGUGGCCAAAGUAGGUAUCUUUUUUCUGAAAAGACAGUGUUUACGGCAAAAAGCCUAAAGGGGACUGACUAUGCUCACCAGAAAAAAUACAAUAAGCUGUUGUUGUUCUGGUGACUAGUGUCCCUUUAAAUCAUUGAAAGAAAAAAAAAAAAGGAACUCGUAUACACAAGCAACAUGUCUUUAAUGUAUUUCCUGAUUGCCUUAGGUCCUGAAUUGAAUGCAGUAUGUUUAGUUUUAUUCAUAUCAGAAACAUGUACAAAAAAAAAAUCCUGUCUCCUGCUAUAAUAUUUGUUUUUAUACUUUCAGACAUGCCAUAUUUGCCAGCAACACAUCCUCAUUGCCAAUCACAGACAUUGCUAAUUCUACGACCAGGCAGGACAGGUUUGGAGGCCUACAUUUCUUUAACCCUGUGCCAAUGAUGAAGCUUGUAGAGGCAAGUUUACAGAAUGCACUGUUUGCAUAAUAAUGGUGUUGGAAUCAUUUUGCCAUACGCUAGCAGUUUGUAAUUUCUGUAACAGUCAAUCAAUAUAGAAUAUAAAGAAACAGACUGCGUUAUUGGUCACUGCCAUUUAUACUGAUAAAGCAUAAUAUUGAUUGUGAACUCAGACAUGGUACUGAAUUCUUUUCAGGUUAUUAAGGCUCCAAUGACCAGCCAAACAACGUAUGAAUCUCUCCUGGAUUUCAGUAAAGCUCUUGGGAAGACACCAGUGUCAUGUAAGGUAAGGGGGAAAAUGUGUGUGCACUGUAAAUGGGGAAAUAAGCUUUGUUUUCCCUUACAAGUCCUAGAAAUAGUAGUAAAUGUAUUGUCCCUAUAUUUCAAAAAUCUGUGUUUCAGGCAAUUUUUUUUUUUUUUUCUUCUAAGCGUAGGUAUAGCAUAUCUUCUGUGAUAAUGUGACAAUGUCUGUAUAUCAAUUAACUAUUAAUUGAGGCUGUAAGGCUCUGUGCUUUACAGCCUCUGUUUUACAUUAGUCUAAACUGAGAUAUUCACAAUUAAGACAUAUUUGAUCAAAACACACCUGGCACCAUAAUCACUAAAUUAUACUGCAGUGGUUAUGGUGCUUGGAGUACCCUGGCUUCACCCAAUCUAAGUAGUGAAACCAUUUAGAAUGGUCAACCUGUCUUCUGGGUACUAGACAUCUCCGUUAGAGCUGCCUUGAACUAUUUAAGCCCAUAAGACUGUCCUAUCAAGCAUCCUCUGAUGAAGUGAGAGAAGUCUCACGAAAUGCGUUAGGACGACAUACAGAACGACACUGCAUUGCUUUCCGGCAUCUACCGAAAUACUGCCGACUACUAUCUGGAAUGCAGAAGGGAAACCUGGUGAAACGCACGCGGCUAGAAUACCACCAAUCCAUUCAUUCAAGUGACGAUCGGACAGUUUAUUCACUUUCUUCAGCUGCUUAUUUCAUCCUCCUGCUUCAAAUCCAGCAUAUAUUUGAUACAAUGUGAGUGUAUCGUUUACCCUUUUUUUUAAACUUAUUUUUUUUUUUUUUUGUAAAUAAAGUUUUUAUUAGCAGUUCAGACAAUAACAGAUAGCAGAGCUUAUAUCGUCAGUGAGACUCGCAGGUCUCCAAUUGCGUCUGACAUGAGUACCACCAGUUUUAGAUGAAUCUUUAUAGAGCGUUAUCGGAAGCGGAUGACUGCUGGCCCACAACAAUUCUAUAGCUGAAUCUCAAUCAAAUGGUGAGUAGUGCGGUAGGUCCCAGGUCACGUCCUCUUACAUGGGGAGUGAGAAAGGGGUCUUUUUGCGGGAUCGAGUCCUACAGUCGUGCACCUCGUCUGGUACUCCCUUUCCUGUUGUCUUUCCCUUAACUUAGGUGGUGCCUAGGUAUGUUGCGGGUUCUCUCCUGGGUCAGCUACCCUCUCGUUCUGAGUCCGCAUCCCCUCCCCCGCCGUGAGGCGGUGCCCCCACGACGGGAGAGGGGGGAGCGCCCAGCGGCUUGGUCAGCUGUCUCUGUCGCUUUGCUUACUUGUGGUCGGUCACCGUUGUCAUGCUUCCGUCGCUGUCCACGUGUGGUAUCUGUGGUAUGCCUGGAGUGUUUCCCCCCUCGGAUGGGGAUGGUGUGAUGUCUCAGUGUUCAGUUGUAUCAGUCAUCUAGGGUUGACUUGUGUUUGCUGUUUAUUGUAGGAGUUCCCACGUCAUGGGACCCCCCCGCGUCUAUUGAGCGAUGUCUCGUUGGGCCCACAUCCCUUAGGGAAAUCGUGGUGCCUUCUCGGGCUCAAAUAUAUUGUGGCCCGAGGAAGGGGGGGGAGGUAGGGAUGGGUGGGAAUGUGUAAGGGUGGGAGGACUGGAAGGUGUGGGGCAUAGCUAUGGUGUGGCAUGAGUCUAUCCUGACUCCUGAGUUUAAAACUUAUUUUACAAUAAAUAUUUUCAUUCAGCACUUGGAUUUUAUAACUUUAUUUCCUAUCACUAGGAGUAAAGUGUUACCACAACUGAAGGCUACCUAACAUAGCCUGUCAGUUAUUUAAUGUGUAUACUUUUGGUACAAGAUACAAUAUUGCAAUUCUAAGGACCAUGUAUAUUGUUAUAUUGUACUAUACUAAAUAACUAAUUCAGUAUUAAGAUACCAGUUCAUCUAUAACUGGAGUGAACUGAAUUAGCUUACAAAUAUAGGAUUUUAAAAGACUAUCAUUUUCAUUUUAUUCCAUUUUAUUCAAUUUAUUAUUUUUUAAUCAAAAGACUGUCAAUUAUUGGACUUUACAUUUAAGUUUCCUUCUCAGAGAAAGAAAACAUUGGAUGUUAUUGCUUUAUUUUAUUGAAUAGUUUUUUCUCUUUGGCAAACUACAUUGCAAAAAUAUUAGUCCACAGCUACAAACAACUCCUGGAUAUUUUAUUUAAUAAUUUUUCUUAUGCCUGCCUUGAACUAAGCCUGGCAGUGUCUGGCUUAGCUCAUUGACGGAGAGUGACUGCUAAUCUCACCCAAUGAGCUGCUCCUGCACAGCAUUUCACUCUCAAUGGUUUAAUGACCUGAGCCCAGCAAAACACAAGUUGUUUCUCUGACUACUAAUUGAUGUAAAUGUGUCACAUUUUAGUGACCAUAUUACUCUACAAGUAAUUUCUCCAAAUAAUGAAUACCCGCAUUGUCGUCAUCACUACAGAUUCAUUGAGUAGUAGUUUGACCAAAACAAAAAUAAACUGUGCCCUUAUUUUUAUUAAACCACUCAACUAUUGUGACACUAGAGAGAUGGAGGGAAAAGAUUGUUUGCACCAUAACCACUGCAGUGAGCUGUAUUGAUCAUGGUGGCCUAGCUGUUUGUUUCCUAGCUAGUGCCUUUUACCUUCUUUUGAUACACCUCUAUUCUCUUCUGGUUUAUAAUAUUAGUGCGCUUUAGCAGUGCUUAUGGUACUGUUGUGCAGAACUUGCCUUUCUACUAUUGUUUACUCUUCUCUGGCUCUCUCAAAAUCUGUUCUUCUCUUCAUUUCUGAUCUAGUUUUCUUUAAAACAUAACAUAGUAGGGACUAGUACAGGCAUAGGCAACCUUCGGAACUCCAGAUGUUUUGGACUACACCUUCCUUGAUGCUUUGCCAGCAUUAUGGAUGUAAGAGCAUUAUGGGGGAUGUGGAGUGCCAAAGGUUGCCUAUCCCUGAACUAGAAUGUACUUAAGUUCCUCCUUGUGUCAAAGUCAGGUGUAGGAAAAAUACAUAGGACAAAGUAGUCCCUACUUUAUCUUCUGUUUUAAAGAAAACUAGAUCAGAAAUGAAGAAAAGAAUAAGAGAUUCUGAGAGAGGAAGGGAAGAUGAAACAAUAGGAGAAAGGGAAGAUCAGUGUGACAGUGCUGCUUUUAAUCAUCUGGCAUGUCUUGUUUUUUUUGGCGGGGGGGUAUUUGUUUUGUUUAAUGCUCUUGUAUCUGUAUGCAUUUUUGUGUAUGCCAUCAUGCAAGUGCUCAGUUCUACUGCAAGGACCGAAGUUGUCAGGGACAUCUGGAGGUGACUAUAUAAUUAAUAUUUUUUUUUAAAUGUGUGUGUGUGUGUGUAUAUAUAAAAUAUAAUACAAAUUGUAUUUUAUUGUAGUUUGCGCGCACAAAUUACAACUGUUCGCAGUAUGAGAAAAAUAAGAUAAUAUUGGCACAGUCAUGGAUGAGGCAAUACAUACACUAUGUCAAUUAAGAUUUUCUUAUGAAGACAUGUUAUGUGAAAGACCUGCUUGAUGAGCUAGUUUUUUCUGCUCCUGACUAUUAAUCUAACCCUCCGGUAGGUGUAUGUGGAGUAUUUAGUGUAGGUUUCCCUGGGCUAUCCAGGAACUAUAGCUACAUGUGCCUGAGGUAUAUUGGGUGUGAGCACUUUCGCUGGUCCCGGCCAUAUGGGCCCCGUUUGGGUCAGUGGGUGGCAGGUGUAGACGCUGGAGAAAGGUCGCCUGGUCUCCAGAGGGCGCUAAUGUGAGUAUGUAAUCUCCCUUCUGAACCACUAGGGAACACUUUAUCCCCCACCUAUAUUUAAUUGUGGCUUCUCGCAACUGUCUUAAAACCGGUGCUAGCUGCCUCCUCACUGCCAGCACAGUGAAUGGGAGGUCGCCGUAGAUGGCAACGGUACAUUCCUCGAAAUGGAUAUGGCCAAGCUCUCUAGAGCGGGACAUUAUGGUGGAUCAAGCCGUCACUGCUAUGAUGUCUCUAGGUGCAUCCACGGGGGCAGAUGUGACUUUACAGAUCCAGAACGCAGAAGUGACCAUCUUAGGGUCUGGAACUCUCUUAGCACCCAGGGAGGUCAGUAGUUGCUGGAGGAAGGGUAAAGGGGCAUCUCCUGCAAUUUUCUCCCAUAUAUUCCUCCUCCUGUGCCUGGGAUUCCAGCGCUGUCAUAGUCCUGGUCCUGGACUUGUUGAGCGAGGUCCCAGAUCUCAUCUUGGGUAGUCUGCAGCUGUUGUAACCUUGCUUCGUCCCUGUACUCCACCUCGGUAAGCCUUUGACACAGGGUCCCCAGCUCUGCUUGUGUUGCGCGCAGGUCUCCUUUCCACACCUGUCUUAUUUCCAGCAGGAGAGGAGAGGCGGUGCUUCCCCUUCAUCUUGGGAUGCCUCGCUCAGCUCCGCCAGCGCCAUCUUAGGUGAUACUCACGGGGUAGGCCUGUCAAAUGACAGCCUGAUAUCGAGCAGUUUUGAUGCUUUUGGGAUGUGGAAUUUUCAAAAAAAAUUCGCCCUAUAAUGUCGGCUGUGUGGGGGUGUUGAGGUAUGGGGCUUGUUGGAGCUUUGUAACUUCAGUUGUCUUCUGUUUUCCAAGGUCUUCUACGGAGCUCCACACAAGCACCUCUUUCUAGUUGCCUUGUCAGCCACACCCCGAAUUUUUUAAAAUAUAUUUUAAUGCAUCUAACAAGGAUCAAACCAUGCUGUUUUUAUAAUUUGCAAUAAUUUUACCAUUUAAGAUGCAUCAAACACAAUCUGGGUUAUUCAUUAUAGUGAAUUUUAAAUUCAAAGUGAAAAUAGUUAUGCUACCAGUUUGGCAACUUUGGCCUGAAAUUUGAAAUUCACUUUGCAUUAAAGGGAAGAACAAAAAACACUGAAUUCUAUUUAAAGGACCACUAUAGGCACCCAGACCACUUCAGCUCAAUGAAGUGGUCUGGGUGCCAGGUCCAUCUAGGGUUAAUCCUGCAGCUGAAAACAUGGCAGUUUCAGAGAAACUAUAGUGGUCCUUUAAUUGCACUUUGAAUUACAAAAUAUAAGUAGUAUCCGAACUCCUGACAUUACAUCCGACGGAGAUUUAUCAGAAUUCAAAUCCAUUUGCAAGUCGCUGCAACCCAGUGUUUGGUAAAUAAACCCUUAGGUGCUCAUGUUACAAUAAUUAAUGGUUAAUAAUUUUAUUAGCUGUCUUGAACUGAUGAUUGUUUUACUUAUUUAGGACACACCGGGGUUUAUUGUUAACCGCCUACUUGUGCCAUAUCUGAUGGAAUCUGUAAGGCUUUAUGAACGAGGUAUGUAUCUAAAUUUAUUAUUUUUUAAAAUUAAUUUCUUUUAAACUUUUAUAUUUGAUCUAUUUGUGGCACUGAAUAUCUUAUUUUUAUUUAUUUUUUGCUAGUACUGCUACUGUUUUGCAUAUUGGGAAUUUUGGUGCCAUGGAAAACAGGAUUUUUUAAUGUAUUUUAAUAAAUAGGCAGAGUGGAGUAUUCUUACUAAACGAAAGUCAUCUGGUUACAUUGUGAACAUAAAAUGCAGUUUAUACCAAAGUAUUAGGCUUAAAUAAAACAAUUUGCUUUAAAAAAAAAAAAAAAAGUUCCAAUCAAUAUGCACAUUUAAAUAACUAGAGAUUUUUUUUUAGUAUCACUUCAAUGGCCAUUAAGCUGUAAGCUCACCUAUCACAUCAAGGCAAAACCUCUUGGGUGAGUCCUACGCUAACCAUUUGCCUUGCUUACUUUAGCUUCAAGUAAACCUCUCUGAGACAGAGAGUGGUAUUUUUUUUUUUUUAUAAACCCCAUCACACUUAUUAACCCUUAAUAGGGAACACAUGGGGUGGGGGACAGCACUGUGCCAUUAAAGUGUAAGCUUACCUGCCUCGUCAAUAAGUUAUUUUAUUCCCUGCUUCUUUAAUUUCUAGUGGGGUAUAAUAAACAUUGAGCAAGGCAGUUUGUGUGGACUAAAUAUUCUUUGUUUUAGUAUCAUUACAUUUAGAUCUUCAACUAAAUGCGCGAUCAUUUUUUAAUUCUUUUAUGUGUUCAUUUUGAGUCUUGUAGUGCUUGAAGUGUUCUUUUCACAACAGCAUGCUGUGGUGUUCAUGGUGCGAGCAAUGUCCCCACUGUAAAUAGACAAUCUAUUUUAGAGCAGUUUGACUUCUUACCUGGGGUUUAAUGAAUGCUGCUGUCCGCCUUCACUACUUCAGUUGUGCUCAAGAGCAUCUUUUAGUGUAUUUCUCAGGUGUAUAAUUCACAUAUUUCUUGUUACAGUUGUCAGAGUACUCUGCUGUGUUUAAAUUAAAUGGUUGGAUGAGUUAGGGGAACCCAUUGCAGACUCCAUGUAGGUUCUCCCACCAAGACCUCACUUUGCACUUGUUUUCAAGAAGCCAAUUUUAAGUUGCCUCACCCACUAGGGUACCACAAGUUCUACACAGGCUAAUUCUGAAGUGUGCUGGCAAUACCGGUGACAUUUUGGAUCGACUCACCAUAUCUGGGGGCCCUGGCCAAGUGUCCUCUCUUUUUUGGCAAGAGGUUCAUACUAAGGUGCAGGCCUUCCUGGGAAGUGCCUCUCCACAUAGACCAGAAAUGUUUUUGCUUCAUGCAACUAACCUUCAACUCUUGAAAUAAAAAUUAAAUAAUCCCUGGUCUCACAUCUUUCCAAAUUGACCAAAAUAUUGGUAUGUCCCUUCACUUCAGUUGUAAGUGGACAGGAUAUAUAUCCCAUUGAUGGAAGCUAUGACUGCUUCCUUGUAUGAGAGAGGGGGUCUCCUUGCAAUGAACAAACUGACAAAAAGUAGAGGCUCAUGUUUUUUCAUUGCUUUUGUUACAUUGGCUGAGAGUGUCAGAUCAUGGCUCUCAGCUACUGCCUGAUUUGGCUCAGACAGAAACACCCCGCUUUCUGUCUGAAGUAGUGGUGGCAUCCAGCAAUCCCCAGUAAGACGUAAACCCACUCUAAAAUGGUUUCACUACGUACAAAGGGGGGGUGCCAGUAGUAUAGUUAUACUACUAUAAGCUGUAGUGUAUGUACCGGUAUUUAAGCAUGCUUUUUAUUAAAGAGCAUAAAAUUCCAUGUAUACCUUGUGCUAGCAAAUAUAUAGUUUGGGAGAAAAAUCUAUUUAAAAAUAUUUCCCCCCCAGGUUUCAGUAAAUGCCUCGUCACACAUUGACCUCCCAGAGGAGGUCCUUCUGCUCUCCCAAGCAGAUGCUGUGGUUGCUAUGGAUACUCCCUAGCUGGCCACUGAGUAUAUAUAGAAUAGCAAUUCAUCCUCAAGCAGGGCAAAUCAAAGAAGACCACAGGUGAACUGAAGGUGAAGCAGAGUUUGGCCUGGAGGUGGGUGUUACACAAAGAGUAACACCCACGAAUUGGCGGUGGAAAGAUGAAUAGCUAUUUUACAUUGAAUAUAUCUUAAAUGUUUGUGAUAUAAGAUGUAUUCAAUGUAUAUUUGAGCAUACAAAGCUGUAUUCCUGGCACGAUAUCUCCCCCAUUUGGAACACAUUGGGGGAGGCAGAGAGCUAAGCAUACACAGGAGGGGGAAGACCACUAUCUAGCUAGGGCACUAGAGUGUUACGUAUAAUGGUGUGUGUAACUAACUCUGUGAGUUCUUUUCCAAUCAGAUAAACUAGUGUUUUGUAAAUUCAGGAAUUGUUGAAGCAUCUCUCGAAGAUGAGGCUGGGUUUUUUCUAUCUGCCAGUUACUUGUUUUAUUUUAUCACUGUACUAUUGUCAUGCACCGCAAAGUGUGUUUGCACAAUCGAAAAAUGACUGUGGUAAGAACGUGUUGCUCAAGAGUUUCUAUAUUUAGCCAGUAAAUUAAUGUAUGAGUGAUGUGUGGUAUUAUAGACACAGAAAUAAAAAAAAUCACUUAUUCAUUCUUGCACUCUGUUUCGCUUACUUUUCCUUCUGUAUGGCUUUUUAUUAAAGACUAAAUAAAUGAGGAAAACUGUCUAGCAUGUUUUGUACAAACAAGAUACAUGUCUACACCCAUUGGCGAUUGCAUUCAGAUUUGUUGACUAGGUCUAAAUGCACACAGUUGAUUCAGAUAUUCUCUCAACAUGUAUAUCGCUUAAAGUCCAGCUUUUGAUUUUUAUAAGAUCCAGCUCAGUGAGAAAUUACGUUCUAAUAGAGACUGCUUCAAGAGUUCCCCUUUGUGGGCAAAUUGUUUUCUGAUUAAUAUAAUUUUGUUUGCAGGACAUGCAUCAAAAGAAGACAUUGAUGUUGCAAUGAAGUUAGGAGCAGGUUACCCGAUGGGUCCUUUUGAACUCCUGGACUAUGUUGGUCUGGAUACGAGUAAAUACAUCAUUGAUGGUAUGUAUUCUUUGAUAUCUCUGCUUAUAUAUAUGUAUCCAUGAAAGCUAUGUACAGAGUAGUUUUCGUGUGUGGUUUCCUUCUGUGGCUGUUCCUGUACAUUUGUGGUAGAUCGAACAGUUGUACUUUAAAUGAAUAUAUUUAUUCAUGAUAUUGUUCCUGUACAUUUAGAUUAUUAGGUACCCUAAAAGAGAAAAACUUACCGUUAACCCUAGCCAUCCUGGUCCUGCUGUGAGAGCCCCUCUGCCUAGGAUUUGGUUUCGUAGAAAAUAAGUGAGCAGUACCCAGUAUUCAUUGCACCGUAACCACUACAAUGACCUAUAGUGGUUAUGGUGUGUAUAGUGUUCCUUUGAAUUUUUUCACUUCAUUUUUCAAUGUUUAAGUUGCAGGGAACCACAUUUGUGUCCCUAAGAAGUUACUGAUCCAUUUUGUAAUCCGUAGUGUGUAAACAAACAUUUUUAUUUUUUUUAAUUUUUUUUAUCUUCUAUUUUUGUUCCAUUUUGUAUUGUCAGAUAUAUAACAACUUUGUAACAAUUUAGUCCUGUCUGUGCUAAAUUUGUCAAAAUGAUUCCCCUAGGGUGGCAUCAGAUGGAACCAGAGAAUCCCUUAUUUGCUCCCAGCGAGUUGCUAAAUAAACUGGUUGCUGAGAAAAAGCUUGGAAAGAAGACUGGCGAAGGAUUUUAUAAGUACAAAUAAAUAGCAAGUGAAGCCAUGCCACUGCUCUCUUUUUAACGUCCUGUACAUCAUUCUCAGCUUGCUGUUUGAUAAGUCCUAUUUGUCUGAUUUAAAACAAUCAUUGCAUUGCAAUAGUUUCUUUUUCUAUAACCGAGAAUUAUGAUCAAAUUUGAUGUUUUGACAUAUUCGUGCCUUAACAAAAGGAUUAUCCAUUCAAUUUCAAUAAGCUUUUUGUACAGCUGCCUAAAAAUCAAGAACGGUCAUAAAUGAGCACAUUUUCAACAAUAACAAAUAAAAAAAAAUUAAAAUUUUUCUUGCUUUAAUAUUCUAUAUUUUACUGCUCUAUCAAUGUCUCUUGGUGCAAAAUGUCUUGUUUUACAUUGUCCAUUUUAAGACCCCAAUAUUCUCUGAGUGAAUUUAGAUAAAGACCCACAGGCACCUCUACAGAUCUUUUUACUUCUUGUACUUUGAUCAAGCAGACUGUAACUAGUACAACUCUAAAGCCAUAAUAUCUUUCUCCAGGAUUAAAAGUAAUUCCAAAGUUUUACAGGACGCAGUCAUAUUCUGGAUGCCAAAAAUACAACAUGGUUGUGUUUACAGAAAAAAAAGUAGUACAAAUGCAGUGCAAAUUCUAAAACUGCACCUAAAGGUGAUAAACUGCUCAGCUAUAGUUGGAGCAUUCAAUAUCAGAACUUCAUUGGCCACCAAAUGAAUAAACAUAAACUCUGGUGAGCUGGGUUUCUGAGAUAGAGGGUUUUAUAUGUGCCUAGCAAAGUGGGCUGGUUUGUGAACACCUUGUCCAGGCCAACAUACUAUUCAGCUUCAUCAAAAGCCCAUGGCCUGGAUGCAGAUUAAGAGAACAUGUCUCCACAACACCCCAUGGACAAAAAUGUGUGUUUUUAAAUUUUCUUUAUUUUUGCUUUGUAAACUGAUAUUUUAAAAUAAUAAAACUUGCCCAAAAGA